UAUCUGCGCUCACUUCAGUUCGCAGCGGACCUUGUAGAAAUGAGUGCUCAAGUGGGUGGCGUGCUGGAGCGUGAAGCACGUUGCCUGGAUCUGCCUAGCCCCGUGUACGUUUUCGGCGACGUUCAUGGCAAUUGGGCCGACUUGCGGUUCUUCGCGGAGCACAUUUGGCACCUUGGGCUGGAGCUCACCGCCGGCAGCUUUCUGUUCCUCGGCGACUAUGUUGACCGCGGAAGCGCGUCUUUAGAGUGCACAGCCUACCUCUUCGCGCACAAGCUUCUCCACCCAGGGAAAAUCUUCUUGCUGCGAGGCAACCACGAAACGCGCGCUGUGAAUGGUCUGGAGGCGCACUACGGUUCAGGGUGCUUGCUUGCGCAGUGCAAGGCUCGGUUCGGAGCUGGUGAAGGCGGCGUUGUCUGGCAUCAGCUAAAUAACGCAUUCGACCGCCUGCCCGUUGCCGCGGUCAUCGACAACGACGUUUUCUGCGUGCACGGUGGAAUUCCUCGUCCUAUCGAAGGCAGCGAAGACCUGCUCGAGAGUAUCGCCACAUUGCCCAAGGCAGCGCCACUGGACACCUUGGACACCGCGUACUACGCUGACAAACCGCAGCUCUCCAUGAUCGCAGACAUGGUUUGGGGUGACCCUGUGCGAAAUGAAGGAGUGUUGGGCCGAAAUGACUUGGUUAGCAACUGGGGGCUGGACUCGCGAGGAUUCGGGAGAAGUCCACGCGGAGGUGUUGCGGUGCGCUUCGGAGCUCGAGUUAUUGACGCGUUUCUCGGAAAGUAUGGCUUCUCGCGCAUUGUACGAGCUCACGAAGCCAACCGAGAGGGUUUAUCCUUUAGCAACUCGGCUCGAGUGAUCACAGUGUUCUCGACGUCCAAGGACCACGGUAUGGGCGAUGAUGCGAGUUGUGGCUGCGUCCUCGUGGACAACCAGCACUUGCGCUUCUUCAAUCGAGCA